CCGCCGACGGCUCGGGAGCGCCGGAAGCGACGGGGACGUGCGGGGCUGCCGCGGGGCUGCCGCGCAGCGGGAGCGGGAAACGGGCAGCGGCAGCGGCAGGUAGGUAAAUGGAUCUUCAGAAGCAGAGUUGCUAAAAACUAACAGAAAAUGGCCUAUCGAAGGGAUGAAAUGUGGUCCGAAGGGCGAUACGACUAUGAAAGAGUUCCAAGAGAACGUCUCCCUCCAAGGAUUCAUGGUGAUGGUGAUUACCACAGAAUAGUAAACGUUGUGCCCAAGAAACCAGGCCUGCUUGAGAGACCCGGGGAUGGGAGUUACAGUCGCUAUGACGAUUACGGUCACGCUGAGUACAGAGACUACAACGCGGGUCGGAGUUUCACCCACGACCGAAGAAGUGGCCCUCCACACCGAGGUGUACAUAAGGAUGAAUCAGGAUACAGAUGGUCAAGGGAUGAUCACCCUACAAGACCUGAAUACAGGGACGUCAGAGAUGGCUUCAGAAGAAGAAGCUUCUAUUCUUCUCAUUAUGGGAGAGAUCGAUCCCCUCACAAGAGGGACUCUCCUUUCUUCAGGGAAUCGCCAGGGAGCCGAAGGGAUUCUCCACACAGCAGAUCAGGCUCUAGUGUCAGCAGCAGGAGCUACUCUCCUGAAAGAAGCAAAGCCUAUCCUUUUCACCAGCACAGCAGAAAUAUGUCAUCUUUACAUAAAAGAAAUGUUUCUUCUCAGCAAGGUAAAGAGAGGACCGUUCAGUCACUGAAAACAUCAAGAGAUGCAUCACCUUCAGGGUCCACAGCAGUACCUUCAUCAAAGGCCUUGGAGAAGAGCAACAGACUAUCAGAAAAGGAACUUGCAGAAGCUGCAAGCAAGUGGGCAGCUGAAAAGUCAGAGAAGGCCGAGGAAAGCAAUUUACCUGAAAUAACAGAGUAUGAUGCUGGAUCUUCAGCUCCAUUAUACAUUGAGCAAACAGAGGAAACAGAGGCAAAUCUAACAGACAGUACAGAAUUAUACGAGGACAGCCAGCUUCUAGGUCGUUCAAAAGCAAUUGCAAAUAAGACAAAGGAGAUUGAACAGGUCUACAGACAAGACUGUGAAACCUUUGGCAUGGUAGUGAAGAUGCUAAUUGAUAAAGAUCCAUCAUUAGAGAAGUCCAUUCAGUUUGCCCUGAGGCAGAAUUUGCAUGAAAUAGGUGAGCGAUGCAUUGAAGAACUCAAACAUUUCAUUGCUCAGUAUGAUGCUGCCAACCAAGAUGGAUCAGAGCCCUUCAAAGAGGGCUCAUACUAAGGACAAAAAUAUGCUUUUAGAUCCUCUGCAUUGUGUCUGCCAUAGUACAUAAAUCUGCUUUUCGUGGGGAAAGAGGAACUUUUGUUCGAGGUUUGAACCCAAGGCCUGUGCUCCUUUCCAGUAGCUCAGGUGGCUGUUCCCUUGUCCA